UUACAAGCACAACAUAUGAUUCAUCAAGUCCUGGUCCAUUUAAUUUUGGUCAUAUUCAUAGCAUAACUCGUUUACCUUGGUAGUCUUGUUCCCUUGGCCUUUUGUUGUUCUGCCUUACAGUUUCUGAUAUUUCAUCAAUAUCUGCGAGCAUCUUAGAGGUCUCUUCUUCAAUGAAAAUGUCAGUCUCCCUCACAACACCAUCCCACCCAUCCGCGUGCUUUUUGUUUAUCUUGGCCCCUUAUUUAGACGCCGCUUGCAACGCUGCUCGGCAUCUAGAUGAAUAUUGGCCCACUUUUUCCACAAGUAUAGUAACAAUCUGAUAUUACACAAAACGGAAAUCAGCACUGAAUGUACAUCAUGCAGCAUUCUGAACACACUAGCACGUAGGUCAAUAUGUAUAUUGCGAUAACUUUAGUACCUCCUCGAUCAUCGGUGCUCUUUGAUAUCUGCUUGACCCGGCUCCGAUAUCAGCAAUCUUGCCAAUGAAGGACAUUGAGGCUCUGUUCCUGCUAUAGCACACUGUGUGCGCCGGCCUCGGCUGAACAACAAAUAUUCACUGCAAGUUAGUUGCAAACAUAAUGCAAAGAUAACAUCUGAAAAACAACCAAAAUGAGUAGGGUCAACGUUUAGGACUGUACCAGAAGUAGUCCGUAUAUAACAAUAUCUGCGUUCUUUCCUGCGCUUGUGUCCUUUUCAAUAACCAUGUUAAUCUUUUUCUGAUCAUAGACCUUGCAUCUUGGGAAGACGUCGUGUGGUAGGUUCUCGUCCUCAAGAUCAAGAUUGUCCAGAUAGAACACCUGUGGCAUUAUUUAUCUACAAUAUUAGUCAUCACAUAUGCAUCUUCGUAUGCACAAGACUCAAACCAGCUUAGUUUACCCAUACCUGAAUGAAGAAAGUGCAACCAGAGAUGUUUGAUUUAACUUUGCCCCCAAGGAGCUCUGACUUGACCCUCCCAGCUGAUAGAAGCACUUCCUCCCGGACAUACUUACCCCAGUUGUACAUGUGUAUGAGAUCAGGGGUGUGCAGACCUCCCCAGUAUUCUGUCAGGAAGUAGUUGUGCUUCAACGGUGGCGCGAGAACAUAUGUAACUGCACAUACAACAUAGGCAACCUUGAAAGCAUCAGAGUCUGCCUUGGUUAUUGCCCUACCAUAUUCCUUCUUCACGAUUUCCUCAAUCACUGAGAUCCUUGUUUCACUGAUGCUUAUCCCUAGUGUUUGCCUAACUGAAGAUAAUACAUGGGGUGCUGGAUUCUUGUUUAUAGUUGCUCCCUCUCCGGGCACACCUAGAACCCUCUCAACGUCUUUGUCAUCAAAUGGAGUGUCCCUUCUACCAUCCACAAUUAUUGCUGAAGCUUUUUCAUCAACCUUGCUGAGAACCCACAUUUGCUGGUGCCUAUUGGUCCUGGUAAUUUUCGGCAGAUGCAUUAGACCACCUAAUUUCAUCUCCUCAACAAGCCUUUUUUUCUCCUCUGACAAAACAUCAUUCAGCUUCUUAAACCUCUUCACGCUGCCCCUGGAGUUUAUCGCACAUGUUCCCCCCUUUUUUUCCCUUUCCGCAACCGUCAGACUCGGAUUCAUCAUCUAUUGGACCCGCUUCAGUAGUUGGGUACGCAUCAAAUGCAUCUAAGUCAUCUUCAUUCGAUUCUUGGUACAUUGAUCUUGACGAGUCUGAUGCCAUGAGCUGUAGCGAAAAUAUAAGCAUGAGAAUUGAUUCAUAACUCUGCAAAAUGAAUGUAAUUGCAUGAUGCCACAGACCCUAAAGUUUAAUGCAGGCCAAAACAUCUGAAUGUAAUAACAAAUGCAUAAUCAUGUUUCAUGAACAACUCAUUUACCCUGGUUUGUAUAACCUUGAUGGUCAACAAUGGUAAGUGGCGGUUCAAUUCAUAUUCAAAAUGUUGGUUUAAGUUUGAAUUGCAUGAGCACCUUACUCUAUCACACUUUAAAAAUUAUGACCCCAAUGUUAUUCCCCAACAGCUAUGCCUGAAGCAAAUUAGCGCUAGUUGUACGAGCAUGUACUAUGAACUGUUAAAUGGGGCUGGUUUACGUAUCAGGAGUGUAGCCAUCGGGAAUUGAAGAUCCAUGCACAACUAAACGACCCUUAUUGAAAUAACCCGCAGAAACACCCUGGACCACCUUAGUUUGGGUAGCAAAAAGUAACGGAUAAACAUAGAUACAGACUCUGCUGCCCUAACUGAUGCACUAAUAGGUGGGGAAUCAGCUUCCAUAAAUUCAUGCGUUUCAAAAGGAUCCAGCUAGGAUGAACUGCAAAGAACGACUAGCUGGUAGGUGGGAAAUUGAAGUUUGAUGCACAUUUAAACGCCCCUUCAUGAAAUAACUCCCAUAAAACACCUCGGAAUGUCUUAGUUUGGAUGGUAAAAAGUAAUGUAAAAAGGUAGGUUCAGACUCUGAUGCCCUAACUGAAACACUAUUAGGUGGGGAAACAGUAAACAUAGAUUCAUGCAUUUCCAAAUAAUCUAGCUAGUAUGAACUGCGAAGAACAGCGAGCUGGUUCCACCCAAACUUGGGGUGUAAACCAAAUCGUUAUAACAAGCUCAGAACAAUUUCUUCUCUCAUGAGCGGGGGCUAACAUGCAUAGCAGGUGGAUCUGCGUUCUUUAUCGAGGGGGAGAACAAGGAGCCUGGGUCAUACCUUUUGCAAAUCUUUAUCCCCAACUUGCUAUAGUUCUUGGACCUGCGCUCGAACAGAGAUGAGUAGCUGCUCUUGCUCUCUGUCCAGGAGGCUGUCGGUGUGGAGGGGAACGAAACAAAGACCUUGGCCCUUGCCCCCAGCACUCACCCACAGCUUUUACCACGUUGCUGCCUGGUGGGCUGGCCCACAGCUGCUGGAGAGAGAACAGUUGUUUUAGGCUGGCAUAGUAAAGAUUUGCAAGAUACUUUUGUUACUUCCGGAUGCAGUACACAAGGACGAUAACUAUCAUCUCAGCGCGUCUUAUGCCACCUCAACUCUCUCAAUACUGAAUUAUUAGGAUUUUUUUCAAACACGUGGAUAAUGCUUACUAAUCCAUUCUGAAAUGAAAUAGUACAGUGAUAUAUAAAUUGCUGACUGACAACUGCUACCACUGCUUGAUACACUACAUCAGGCACUGAGCUUUUAGUAGGAAACACAACUUCCAAGCUCCUAACAAGUGGACACUUAAAAAGCACUAAGAUACAAAUAGAUGGUGUAUGGGCCACCAAAUCUCUAGGUCAAUGACAUCCGUCUCACUUAGCCACCCAUGCAGACGUGAUCGCUACGAUUGCAGCCACUGGUGCAGUAGCCACUAAAGCCAUCUGGAGUGCCUUGUUCGUCCUCUUGAGCUUCCUUAUCUCAGCAUAUGCCUCCUCGAGCUCUUCAUAAACCUCGUCCAGCUUCUCCUCGCACCUCUCGUGACGAGUCUUGUGGUAGUUGGCAAGAUCAACAGCAGAUUGGUAACGCUGGUUCGUGUACCUGUCGAGGUCAUCCUCCCAGAGGUACACUUCGCAAAACCUGGCACCUUGUACCUGCACACACAUGAUACAAUGGACAGAGGAAAUGGUAUUAGAGAAAAAGGGUCGAUAUGUGCAUAGAUGGGGACUGUAUUUACCAAAAGCUCACAUUGUAAUUGACACAGUUCAGAUAGAACUUGUCGCGCCUAGCCACCAAGGAUCCACUGCGCCUUGCGCAUUGCCUGCCACACGCACAGUGCAACCUGUGGAAGGUCUGCACGCUGGCCAUCCCACUGCUUCUCGUGCACUAGGAGAAUGGAUUAUGGCUGGAAGCAGGUUCUCUACAGAAUUGCUGUGAGUUCGUUGUCAAGUGUUGUCUUUCCCAUGGAGCUCACACCCCUUUUUGUAGAGAACCUUGUGUAACUGUACAUUAACUUUCCCAUUACUCCUGCUCCUAACACGCGCAGGAGCCAACUAUGUAGUCAUUUAUCUGUCAGGCUGCAUUUCACUGUUCAUGCCACUUCGCCAGCAGUGCAUGUCCAGUCCCAGCUUUAUGCGCGUGCUGUACUGGCACUCCGGGAGGGAGUGAUUCCUGCAUGUGCUUCUGGCCUGAAUCUCUCACUUCGGAUGGAGCUCACGGGUGUGCUUUGCAUCGCAGGGGAAGCUAGCAAAAUGUCAGCGUCAAAUAUAACAGGUUAAUCGGAUCAUCCAUAAUCAGUGUGGCCGAUGAUGAGUCAAUAACACUCAAGUCUCGUAGUGAAGGCUCUAAAUAACAGUGUUAAGUUAUGUGGCCGCUGACAAAAAAGUUCUUUAAAUUUUGUUAAGUUCUGCGGCUGGCAACAAGAAAGUUCUUUAAAAUCUGUUCCCGUGCCCACUUGGCUCCCUGGUAUCCACAUGUGGCCUACAGUAGCAUAUAUUAGCCACGUGCCUGCUCCCAUUGUGUUGACAUUGGAUUCCAUCCAUGCAUGAGAGGUGGAUAGGUGCCUCCUCCCCCGGUAGAUGCCUCCCUUGGCCACCCUUCUGGCCGCACCAUGCGUCUCAGCUCUGUGACUAUUGACUGAUGUGCACAUCGCCAUGCCUUGGCCGUACUGGGCCGCGCCGCGCGGGUACUAGUACGCUGCGCAUGGGCAUUAGUAUAAGGUGGCGUGCCCCUCCACCCUCACAGCUUCAUCUUUGUCAUGGCAAAUCGAGCCAACUCUACCCCUGAGCUGUUCACCGGCCAAGUAAUUAUGGAUCCGCGCCCCAACUCAUCUGGUACAUCGUCCAUCAAUACCGCUCCAUCGUCUCUAAGGCCCCUAACUAUUAAGAUGCUGCUUGAUUCUUUCUUCGAGGACACUGAACGCUAUCCAUUGAUCAUCGACGGCAUGCCAGUGUCAUCGGUGGAUCUGAUAGGCAUGGUCAGAAACAAAUCACUCAGCAUGGAUCACUGCACGUUCGGCCUAUAUGAUGGCACUGGGUCCGUUAAUGUAUACUUCUGGUUUGAUGGCCGUCAAGACUCCAAGGAUGCUUGGUCGUUCAACGAAGGCAUGUAUGUACGUGUUGUUGGGAGGGCUACCAGUUUGGAGCAAUUUUUCCAAAUCAAAGCCUACAUGGUCAGGACCGUAAAGAACUUCAAUGAUAUAACCCAUCACUUUAUCUACUGCAUCAAGGCCCAUAUCGAUAUUUCUAAGCAGAGCAGACUAAAGCUUCAGGAAAAUUCCGUUGCCACCCCGUCGGCAUCAACCGUCAUGCCAAGGUAUCAGAUUGCUCCGAGCCAGAUACCAGAAGAUUGCAGCUUUGAGGAUAAGAUAUUUUCCAUUUUGCGCGACCCAGCAUACCGUGACAUGGAUCAUGGGGUAAGUCUAAAGCUGCUUCGCAGCGCACUUGGCGCAAGUCAAGACGAUAUCAUGAAAGUAAUAAUAGAGCAAAUCCGACUCGGUGAGAUGUACACUACUAUCGAUGAACGCCAUUUCAAGUCUUCAAACUGAAGACGUUCAUUGUAUCGUCGCAAUGCUAUGGGUGAUACUUCGUUUUUGUCACCAGCCCCAACGCCCCCCUUGCAAAUCUGCUGGUUUCAGACUAAUUAGGCCCGUAUUAUUUUUGUAAUAAUAAUUAUCAACUCAGUGAUAUUAUCUUGCUAGGGCUUUUUGUACCCCAUUGGGAAGGAUUAUUUUGCACUUCAUUGCUCCACAUGUUUGUGUAAAGAUGUAAUCCCACUCCUUGAUUAAUCUGGUUCUAGA